AUGCUCGACAAGGCCAAGCCGGCUCAGCUCUUUGGCAUCCCGCGGGAGGUGCUCAUCGCAUAUAAUAACGGCGGGCUCGACGCCAAGAUUGCCAACGCGCGCCGGCCAGGCGACAUGGACAAGCUCGUCUGGGAGCGCACGAUGCUGCACCUUGAGAUAGCCAGGCUCGCGCACCAGGCCGCGCAGACGUACUGCGUGGGCAAAGACCUCAGCGCCGCGGUCAACCCGUUCGAGGGGGAGAGGAUCCGCAUGGCAAACGAGUGGCUGUCGGCGCUGAUGGGCGGGCCGCUGCCCGAGCGCCUCAACUUCGCCGAGACGGUGAAGGCGUUGUGCAGCCACGAGCGCUCUCUCACCGGCUCGACGUACGACUUCUACUGCCGCGAUGCGCUGCCCACGUACGCGCGCGACACCGAGGAUCUCCUCUCCUUCCUCUCCUGGAUGGGCAUCUUGCCGUCGAUCUUUGAGAACGGCGUCAUUGGCGUCACCUACACCGCCGCCGCCGGCGGGCGGGAAGCACCGGAGGGCGACGCGGCGGCGGAGGCGGCGGCGGCGGAGGAGGAGGGGGAGGACAGGGAGGAGGUAGACGAGGACGCGGAGGCGACGGCGACGGCGCCCAAGAAGCAGCGCACCGAGAAGCUGGUCGAGCUCUCGAAGGCGGACCUUGAGAAGACGGCCUUCCUCGGCACCACUGACUCGCACCGCGGCGUGCUCAUCAAGAGUGCGGACACUGGCUUGUGGGCGGAGGACCCGCAGAUCAUCGCGACGCUGCGGGGAUGGUCGGUCACCAACGUCAAGGCGGCGCCAGGGGCGCGCAGGAGGAAGAGCACGGCUGCGAUCCCCGCGAACCAGUACGAGUGGAACUUGUUGAGCGACAUGCCCGCCUCGUCCAACCAGUCCGUGAUUGGCUCGCACGUCUCCGCGUAG